CCGCGCCGCCGCCCAUGGUGCUGCCCGGCCCGGCCGGCAUGGCCCGCUCCGAGGAGGUGCACCGCCUCACCGAGAAUGUCUACAAGACGAUCAUGGAGCAGUUCAAUCCCAGCCUCAGGAAUUUCAUUUCUAUGGGGAAGACCUAUGAAAAAGCCUUAGCAAGCAUGACGUACGCAGCAAAAGGGUACUUUGAUGCUCUGGUGAAGAUGGGAGAGUUGGCCAGUGAAAGCCAGGGAUCGAAAGAAUUGGGGGAUGUGCUCUUCCAGAUGGCAGAGGUGCACAGGCAGAUCCAGAACCAGCUGGAGGAGAUGCUCAAGUCCUUCCACAACGAGCUCCUGACGCAGCUGGAGCAGAAGGUGGAGCUGGACUCCCGGUACCUGAGUGCUGCGCUGAAGAAGUACCAGACAGAGCAGAGGAGCAAGGGGGACUCCCUGGACAAGUGCCAGGCAGAGCUGAAGAAACUUCGCAAGAAGAGCCAGGGCAGCAAGAACCCGCAGAAAUACUCGGACAAGGAGCUGCAGUACAUCGAAGCCAUCAGCAACAAGCAAGGGGAGCUGGAAAACUACGUCUCUGAUGGCUACAAGACCGCUCUGACGGAAGAGAGGAGACGGUUCUGCUUCCUGGUAGAGAAACAGUGCGCGGUGGCCAAGAGCGCCAUCACCUACCACGCCAAGGGGAAGGAGAUGCUGACACAGAAGCUGCCGCUGUGGCAGCAAUCCUGCUCGGAUCCCAACAAGAUCCCGGACCGCGCCAUACAGCUGAUGCAGCAGAUGGCUGCCAGCAGCAAUGGCACCAUUAUGCCCAGCCCUCUGUCCACAUCCAAGUCCAACCUCAUCAUCUCUGACCCCAUUCCUGGUGCCAAACCUCUCCCUGUCCCCCCGGAGCUGGCACCUUUUGUAGGACGCAUGUCGGCACAGGAGGCCAUGCCGGUGAUGAACGGAGUGUCGGGCUCUGACAGCGACGGGUACAACCACUGGUCUGAGAUGAAGCCAGCACAGCCCAAAUCUUUAUCUCCUCCCCAGCCUCAGAAGCAGCUGAGUGACUCUUACUCCAAUACACUCCCAGUUCGCAAAAACGUGCCACCGAAAAACAGCUACGCCUCAGCUGAAAACAAGACACUGCCACGCUCCAGCUCCAUGGCCGCCGGGCUCGAGAGGAAUGGCCGGACGAGGGUGCAGGCGAUUUUCUCCCACGCUGCUGGGGAUAACAGCACCCUCCUGAGCUUCAAGGAGGGGGAUCUCAUCACUCUGCUGGUGCCCGAGGCCCGGGAUGGCUGGCACUACGGAGAGAGUGAGAAAACCAAAAUGAGGGGCUGGUUUCCUUUCUCCUACACACGGGUCCUUGACAAUGAUGGCAGCGAGCGGGUCCACACCAGCCUGCAGCAAGGGAAGAGCAGCAGCACUGGCAACCUCCUGGACAAGGAUGACAUCUCCAUCCCGCCGCCGGACUACGGCAUGGCCUCCCAGGCCUUCCCGGCACAGGGCGGCAACACCUUCAAGCAGCGGCCGUACAGCGUGGCCGUGCCCGCCUUCUCCCAGGGUCUCGAUGACUACGGGACGAGGUCGGUCAGCAGCCCCGAUGUUGAAGUGGCCAGGUUUUGAGGUGCCCCUGCCCGUAGUUAGAACCCCUUUGCCAACGUCCAGCUGAAGCCAACGGUGACGAACGACCGCUCUGCUCCGCUCAUCAGCUGAUCCGGGAGCGCUGGCGCCCGCGUGGCACUCGCCACUCCUCAUCCUCCUCAUCCUCCUCAUCCUCAUCCUCGCCGCUGCAUGUCCAGCUCCCCAGGACUCCAUUUUUAGGUGGAAUUUAUUAAUUAAUCCUGCUGCUUUGAAAGCCAAAGGCUCAAGCUAGUGCCCUAGAUCUCUCUUCUCUAGACUCCCUCGGUGGCAGAGGGUCACGGUGCUGCCAUGUCACCUGUCCCCUGCCUGCGCUAAGGUGGCACUUCCCGGAGCCAGAGCAGCCCGGCCCAGGGCCAGGGUGGCUCCCAGGCCCAGCAGCAGCUUGCUGUGGGUGGAGAAACGGGCUCAGCCGGAGGAUAACUCCCCAUGGGCUCACAGAGCUCCAGUGGGGCAGCAAUGGCAGAGAGGACCCUGUCCCCCUGCUCUCCCUGCCCACACGGGAGGGACCCCAGGCCAGGCAGGACACCCCUGCAAGGUGGGGGGCACAGGCAGCUCCCAGGCUCCCAGCAGACCCCAGGUGCCCACCCCAGGCUCCAGGCUGGGACAGGGCAAUGGUGCCAGCACUGCAGCCCCCGCUGGGACGGGGUCAGCUCCGCUCCCAGAGCUCCUGCUGCGCCAGGGCUCGGGAUACUGUAGGGAAUUACGGUACUGCUGUAAAAUAUAAGCUAGGAAAAAACCACUUGUGGGGGCGAGGGCAGUGUGUGAGUGAGCCUUGGGGUGCUCCUGCUCCCUGCAGACAGGAGCUCCCUUCCGGACCUCUUGCUUGGCUGCUUGCUCUUCCUCUGUUCCUAGGGCUGCAUGAGAGAGAGAUAGAUAGAGAUAAAUAUAUACAAAUAUAUAUAUGCACACUUGCUAAGCUUAUUGCCGGGGGUGCCCACGAGCGAGGCGGCUCCCACAGCCCUUCCCGCAGCUCCUGAGUGACCAGGGUCACAUCCUUGCUCCAAAAACAGGGAGAAGAGUGUUUCCAGGUGGGAACCGUGUCUCCCAUGGCUGAGCGGUUGAACCCAAACAGAGUUUUUUGCUUUUUCUGUUGUAUUUCUCCUUUUGCACUUUCUGAGCCCUGGUGCAGCGUGUCCCAGUCCCACUGCCCGGGCAGGGGGUGCUUGGCUGGGCACUUGGCCGGGCACAGAGUGUCCCCAGCCCAGGGGGCUCGGUCCAGCUGGAUGUGGUGCCUCAUCUCUCCUGUGUCCCCUCUGAUGGCUUUCCCAGCUCCACUGCAGGAAAACAGCUUCUCCUGUGGCCGCCCAGGCUCCAGCUCUGCACGAGGCUUCCCUGCUCCAUGAUGUGCCUCCUCUUCCUCUCCCGUGCCUCCUGCUCCUCUCCCAGGGCUGGAGCAGAUGGGUGGGGGCCAGACGGGGCAGGG